CGGCUCAGAGUGCCGAUAUACAGAUAAAUCCCUAUCCUGAAUUUUUCCCUAUAAAACCCACCAUCCUCUGCCCGUUGUCUCUUGCCUUUCCAACUCCUUUCUUUAUUACAGAUUCCCUCCUAACCACCCAACUGAAAUAACAAUCAUGAGCUCCUCUGCUUCUUUUUCUACUACUUUCCUUUCGCCAUCUGACCAAGAAAAUCUUAUCCAGAAACUCGAUGUUUUCAAGAUCCAAGGCCGAGAUAAGCGUGGCCAAAAGGUUCUUCUCAUCAUCGGCAAGCUCUUCCCUGCUCGACUGGUGAGCAGUGAGGUAUUGAACAAAUACUUGGGGGAGAAAAUCUUCCCAAAAUUGGAGGAAGGGCCUUUCUCAAUUGUAUAUGUGCAUACUGAUGUUCAAAGGAGCGAAAAUUUCCCUGGAAUUUCAGCUUUACGAUCAAUUUAUGAAGCAAUUCCAAUCAACGUCAAGAAUCUUCUCCAGGUUGUUUAUUUUGUGCACCCUGGUUUACAAGCCAGACUCUUUCUUGCAACCUUUGGUCGUCUUCUUUUCAGUGGAGGCUUAUAUUGGAAGCUGAAAUACAUGAAUAGAUUGGAGUUUCUGUGGGACCACGUGAGGAGGAACGAGAUUGAGAUACCAGAGUUUGCUUAUGAUCAUGAUGAAGAGAUGGAGAACCGUCCGAUGAUGGAUUAUGGGUUGGAGAGCGAUCACCCAAGAGUUAUCCAUACGGACAAUCCAGUUUCCAUGUACUCAAUGCGAUGCUUAGCAUAGGAUAGGAUCUUCCUCUCUUUUCCAAACUUUGCGUGUACAUAAUGCAUAUGGCGGAGAAUGAAAAAAGGUCCGUCGUCGUUUUCAGGUUACGAACGUUAGAGAAUUUUGUUCAUAUUAUAGAAAGUUGGCAAGAGUGUUGUGGAAAGUGGAAACAAUCCAAGGAAAAUAACAAUACCAUUUCAGACGAAUUUGAGAGAUCA